UAAUAAGUGUGCUUUGUAGACAUGCAUCAUUUUGCACAGUGCAAGCCAAAGCACGAGCCAGCAUGCGAAAUGAAAUGCCUCGGCAAGAACAAAGACAAUGCAACUCUCCAGUGGGCUUCAACAACAUGUCGAGUUUAUGUGUUGUUCACCAGCUGAGCUGAGCUGCAACAACCAACGCAAUCCGAUGCAACUCAUCCAUCCAUCUGCACGUGCGCACGCUCGUCGUCGCUUCUGAGAGUCCCCUCACAGCUGCUUUAUAUACUCCCUUCCCUCCGUCCAUCAUUGAGAGAUCAAUUUAUUGCAAGCAAAUAGGCGCUCGAUGUUCUGAAGCAUCGAUGCAUUGGGGAAACUGAGACCCAUGGCAAAGUGGUUUCGAGAUCACUUAAGUUUUGGCAGCAGGAAACGACCGCCGCAGCCCCCAAAACCGGACUACAGCGAAAGCGAGAUCCUACGGGCCUACAGGGCUCAGAAAGACCUGGACUUUGAGGACCCUUACGAACCCUCCGAGAACCGGGUGCUUAACGGCUCCGGGUCAGUGGAAACGUUCUCCGCAUUUGGCACGGUGCUGUCCAACGGCGUGGAGGUGAAGAUCGUGUCUCCCAAACACAGACUGAUAAAAGUGGAAUCUCAGGAAUUCGGGCGUAGCAAAAUACCACUGAACAUUGUGACCUUUGAGGAACCGCAGGCCCCUGUGGUUCCCUCGGCUCCUGCGGUCGGGGAGACUGAUUACUCGGACCCGUUUGACGCCAGGCCGGACCCGCGGCCCAGACCCGGCUGGGAGCAGAACGCUGUAGAAGCCUGCAGCAGUUACAUGGAGCCGUUUGAGGCCCAGCGAUUCAUAAGCGAGCUCCAGCACAGCUCAGAUCGGGGCAGAAACAGCCCGCAGCUCUACGACAGCCCAUACAAGGAGAGAGUUUGGCCCCGGGCGGCCACCGAGGAGGACGAGAGAGAGAGCCGUCUGCCCCAGGAUGACGAGAGGCCCGCGGAUGAGUACGACCAGCCCUGGGAGUGGAAGAAAGAGAACAUCUCCAAAGCCUUCGCCGCCAGAGACUGGGAUCAAUGCACGCUGCCCCAUGAAGAGGCAUCGAGGAAGGCAGGAGCGUCCAAAAUCAGCCCUUCGUCCAGCAGAGCCACCAGCCUGCACAAACCCAGCAACACGCAGGGCAUCCUGGGAGAGAGAGUGGAUCCCACGUUGCCCCUGGAGAAACAGGUAUGGUACCAUGGUGCAUUGACUCGCUCAGAAGCUGAAUCUCUGCUCACGCUGUGUAAGGAGUGCAGUUACCUGGUGAGGAAAAGCCAGACGAGCCGAAACGACUAUUCGCUGUCUCUCAGGUACAGUCUUACACACAAACUCACUGUCUCAGGUGUACUCUACAACCCAAAAAAUCAUUCAGGAGCAUGA